AUGGCGAAAAUUUUUCUUGGUCAAAUGAAAACUCGUAUAUGUUCGGCAUUAAUAGCUUCGAAAAUUUUGAAAUCAUUAGCACGAUAUGCUCUCGAUCAUCAAUCAAAAAGCACAUUAAAUGAUGAAGCUGAUGAAUUUGAAAUGUGUGCUAUUGAAUGUGUACGUUGUGCCUAUUUCUAUGAUGCUGAACAAACAUGUGAAUUAAUUAUUCGACGUGUUGACGUUUAUGGAAAUGUUACAUGUCUGCAAAUGGCGAUUGCAGCUGAUUGUAAGAAAUUUCUAUAUGAAGAUGCAUGUGAUGCUCUACUGACAUAUAUAUGGUAUGACAAGUUGGAUCCUUUGGGAGAACGAUAUCGUCUAAUAAUUAAUAUGUUAACAAUGGGUAUUUCACAAAUUGUCUUCUCUAUUUACGAUAAAAGAUCUAACCAGAUUAAAAUAACUGAGCAAGAAUCUAAAACAAAUACACGAACAUCUCCAAAACGACCUUUUACAACAGCCCAUGUUCAUGAGCAAGCUAAUUAUGUUUGGGCUUAUGAUCGUUGUGCUUUUAUUCGAGACUACUAUGCUCGUCCGGCAUUAUUUCCUCCAUUUACUUUUCUCAUCACAAUCGUUCAGCUUUGUCGAUGGUAUUGGCUGAUGAUUCCUGCAAAUUUUCAUGUUGAUAAUGCGUGGUCCGAAUUCGAACGAUAUUCAACCAAUGAUUAUAUCCGACAGUUACUCGCUGCUCAAACAGAUGCUACCACCAACAUUGUGACAACAGAUCUUACAUCUGAAUCCUUGACAACUGAUACAGAUGAACCAAAGCGAUUCAAAUUGGAUAUAAAUCAAUGGAAAGAUGAUUUUACACGCGCACAAAUCGAUACAAGUGGUAGGCUUUCAUCAAUGGAAUCCACAAUUGCAAAAUUAGAACGUCAAAUUGAACAGAUGUAUCAAUAUUUUGAAAGAGCAAGUAUUCCUCUUGAUUCUGUCAAAUAG